AUGUCCGCCGCCAUCCGCACACACACUCUCCGCACCUCCCUGCGCGCUGCGCCGUCCGCCCGCGCCGCAUGCUCGGUGGGCCACCCUUCUUCCCUUGCCCACCCGCUCCCCAUUCUCACUACAGCACCCCCACAGCGUCGAGCAUACUCGACCGACGUCCCGCCCCCACCCCCUCCCCCGCCAAAGCCCUCAGGCGGCGGGAACGGCGUGCUCCUCGCCAUCCUCGGCGCGACCGCCGUCGCGGGCGGCUACUACUACCUCUCCGCCGGGGAGCCCGACCUCGCCGCGAAACGCAAGGCGGACGAGGAGCGCGUGCGCGCGCGCGCGACCGAGCUGCGCGACGCCGGCAAGGCCACCGCGCACGAUGCCGUCCGCCAGGGCGAGCACAUGUACGACGAGACCAAGAACGCCGCCCAGGACAAGGUGCAGCAGGCCCGGGCCCAGGGGGCCCAGACCACGCAGGACGCGCGGGACUUCACCGUCCGGCAGUACGACGGCGCGAAGGCGGCCGUCGGCGACGCGGCGAACAAGGUCGAGCGCACGUUCGAGGAUGCGAAGAGCAAGACGAAAGAGGAGGCGCAGGGCUGGAACGAUUGGUUCUGGGGGAUGUUCGGCUAUGGCAAGGACAAGGCGAAGGGAGCGAAGCGCGAAGGUGCGGAAAAGCUUGGCGAUGCCGCGCAGAAGGUUGAGAAGGAGGCGUACAAGCGUACGUGA